CACAGUUCACCGCCAUCGGAAACCGCCACUGAAUCUUCCUCCACCGCGUCCACGUUUCACACGCCUCCUUGAACCCCACCGCACCACCCCUGAAAACCGUGUGCAUAUGUAUAUAUAUCAAAAACCCAUUCCCAUUCUUUAUACAUUGACUCAAUUAAAACUCUUCUGUGUUCACAUUCCCCGUUCAGACCUCUUUUACACAAACAUUUUCACACUAUUAUUUAAUGGAAAUUUCUUCUUUCCCAAUUUUCCAAGAAGAUUACUCGUCAAACUUCUAUUCUUUAAUUCAAGAACCAGACCCCAAUAGUAUGUCAAUCACCAAUACUGCUAAUAAGCGCCCAGGAGUUGAAAUGUUUUGUAAUGAAUUCGGGACGGAUUUACUAAGCGAACUUUUGGGACUUGAUAGUCAAAUGGAAGAGCAGAAAGCAAAGAAGAACGUAUCACCCGUACAUUAUACACAUCAAGAUUCCAUUUUGGAGUCGAGAAAUAAGCGAAGGAGUCAAAAGAUGGAUGACAGUGAAAAUUACUUGAAUAUUGUUCAGAAUCAAGAUGCUUUUAUGGGUUCGAAUUCUGGGCAAUCGUCUUAUGCAAAGAGGACUCGUACGGAGAGUUAUGAGGUGAUGACAACGUCAGACGACUCGACCGGUGGUGCAGGCGGCAGCUCACAGCGGAGGCUCUGGGUGAAAACCCGGUCUAAAGCAUGGUGGGAGCAAGUUAACAGUCCGGAUUUUCCGGAAGAGGAGUUUAAGAAGGCUUUUAGGAUGAGCAGAGCAACAUUUAAUAUGAUUUGUGAGGAGCUCGAACCAGCCGUGACGAAAAAGGACACAAUGCUGCGGUUGGCAAUCCCGGUUCGUCAGCGUGUGGCGGUGUGUAUAUGGAGAUUGGCCACGGGUGAGGCUCUUCGUGAAGUUUCAAAGCGUUUUGGGCUGGGAAUUUCUACCUGUCACAAGUUGGUUCUUGAAGGUUGUUCUGCUAUAAGGAGUGUGCUAAUGCCAAAGUUCUUGCAGUGGCCUGAUGGGAAUAGAAUGGAGGAGAUUAAAAGGGAGUUUGAAUUUGUUUCGGGGAUUCCAAAUGUGGGUGGCGCAAUGUACACAACACAUGUUCCUAUCAUUGCUCCAAAGAUUAAUGUGGCGGCUUAUUUUAACAAGAGGCAUACAGAAAGAAAUCAGAAGACUUCUUACUCGAUUACAGUUCAAGGUGUAGUUGAUCCUAGGGGUGUUUUUACGGACAUUUGUAUUGGGUGGCCUGGAUCAAUGACUGAUGAUCAGGUGUUGGAAAAUUCUGCCCUUUUCCAGAGGGCGAGUCGAGGGGUUUUGAAGGAUGUUUGGGUGGUUGGGAGCUCUGGGUAUCCAUUAAUGGAUUGGGUUUUGGUUCCUUAUACUCACCAGAAUCUUACCUGGACACAACAUGCUUUGAAUGAGAAAAUUGAGGAGGUUCAAAGGGUUGCCAAGGAUUCUUUUAUGAGAUUGAAAGCAAGGUGGAGUUGCCUGCAGAAGAGAACAGAGAUGAAACUUCAAGAUCUUCCAGUAGUUCUUGGGGCAUGCUGUGUUUUGCAUAACAUAUGUGAGAUGAGAAAUGAGGAUUUGAAUCCAGAGCUGAAGUUCAAUCUAUUUGAUGAUGAAAUUAUCCCCGUUAACAAUUCGAGGUCGGUUAAUGCUAUGCACACGAGAGAUCAGAUUGCUCAUAAGCUCUUGCACCAUAAUCUUACAGGCAUGAAUGUCAUGUGAUGACAAAGUUCUGACCUUUUUGUACCUUUUUAGCUAUUCAAUUAUUUUGUGGCUUGUUCUAGUCAUGUGAUAGAAUUAUAUGAUAUAGAUAAUUCUUUGAUUUAUUGUAGACAAUCAUUUACCUUUUAAUGAAUAGACAAAUACCUUGUGACUUGUGUUGCAGAUUCCAUUGAGUGGAAAUUCCCAUUUCCUGUUAUUCUAUGGGAUUGUGAUUAUAUAUGGAAAAUUUAUUCUGGAACUACUGUAUGAUUCCGUGUAAAUGGCUUCAAAAUAGGAUUGUUUAUAUGAUUU